AUGCAGGCAGUAGAUGAAGUCCGGGCUGUACCACGUCUUGAGCAAAAACCUACUGACUCUAUCGGGUCUCAUGUUGAGCUGCCCCUCACUCCAAACUCUAGCCACCAGGGUGAAAUGGCAGGGCAGGAAAUACCCAUGUCACAACUGAACGGAGACACAACAGACAACAAGGAAUCUACUCGAAACACUGAACAACCACGAGAUGGUCAAGACGUGGCUAAAGAAAGUUCUCAGAUGGUCUCCCGCCUCUAUGGAGACACAACUGAUAUCAAGGAGACGGUUUCACCAUCUAACGGAGAAGAGAAACCCAGAGUGAUGUCAGAACUUUGUGCUUGUGGAGAUCCGACAGAUCCAGACGCUUUGACACGGCUCUAUGAGAACUCAGAGAACAAGAAACAAUAUGAUGAGGACAAGCAGUCAACGUCUGUGUUGUACCAGGCAGGGACCCCACCCGAUGAAGGGGACCAAAUUGGAGACAUGUCUGCCACAGGUGCACGUGUCAUCAACGAAGCCCCAGGAAAAUGCCGUGACUGUGCUGAGAUCUACGAGGGAGGAUCCACAACAAGCGGCGUUUACCUCGUCACCCUGCAGAACAACACACCUGUGGAGGUCUACUGCGACAUGGACACUGACGGCGGGGGUUGGACUAUUAUCCAGCGCCGGAUUGACGGGACUGUCCCGUUUAACCGUACCUGGGAGGACUACAAACAGGGGUUCGGGAACAAGGACGGGGAACACUGGCUGGGGAACGACAACAUCCACCUCCUGACCAACCAGAAAGACUACAGGCUGCAGCUCUUCUUUCUUAGCCAGCGCAAACAAAAAAACUUAACCUUCACUUGCAGUCGAGGUUUCUUUAAGGUAUCCAAUGAAAAGAGUAACUACACACUGGAUUAUAGAAAGGGCAAACCUAGUGGAGCCUGUGAUCACCUCAUCAAGUCAGCGUUUCGACAAGCGUUCUCUACUGUGGACAGGGACAAUGACAAUCUCCCCUUCAGCUGUGCUAAGCUCUAUGGAGGAGGGUGGUGGUAUACUUAUGUUAUGUUCAGCGUUCCAAGAGACAAAAUGCUGGCCGAAUAA